AUGGUGGUCCCGGGGGUGAAUCACCGAUUGCUCUUCUCAUUGAAGAUGCUCGGGCUGGCCUUGGCAAAAGGUCUCUUUCGUGUCUGGUUCUCUUUUGCUUUUUUGUUCCUCGACAAUUCUAUUCUCCUAGCUACCAUCCUACUUGCCUGUCUACGCUCGAAACCAGAUCGACGUCGACGCCAGGAAGCCCUGCAAGAUGUACAUUUCUAUCCUAAGACGGUCUUGAUUACCGGAAUCGGCACAUCGCCCGGUCUUGCUCUGGCGCGUACUUGGGAUGCAGAAGGUCACCGUGUAGUGGGCGUGGAUGUUGCUGACCUGGACCUUCCAGUCCGGUCGGGCGGGGGCAUGUCAAAGACUUUGGUCGCUUUUUACCGAGUUCCGAAAGACCACUACCUCUCAAGGAUACUGGAUAUCAUCCAGCGUGAGAAGGUUGAUGUGUGGAUUCCAUGUUCGCCCAAGGCGUCUGCCGUCGAAGACGCCACUGCCCGACAAGUUGUGGAGAGUCGCACAAGCUGCAAAUGCGUCGCAUUCGACACAGAAAUGACAGCUUGCUUCCGCAAUAAAGACUCAUUUCGUCAAUUUUUGGCCGAGAAAAAGCUUCCCAUGCUGGAGUACCACCAGGUUCAGUCGCGUGACUCUAUUCACAAGAUUUUGAACCGAUCGCCAACCAAGUCUUUUAAUAUAAGACGCGUUAAUCCCAUUUCCAGCGAAAUCGCUGUCAUUCUUCCCAAACGCACUCUUAGUAAAACGUACUCGGAAGUUAGUGAAAUGCAAAUCUCCAUGGAUUUUCCCUGGAUCUUGCAGCAACAAACCCGGCUUGGAGAAUUUUUCGCCGACGUGCUGGUUGUGCGUGGUUUUGUCCAUGCAAUUAAGGUCCGCUUGGCCAAAUCUCGUUCCCCGCACUGGGGUGCCUCCCCCCUGGACGAAGCUCUUGCCAAAGCUGUGCAUCAACUCAUGCAAAGCUUUGCUGAGAAAGGCGGAGCGCGGAUGACCGGCCACCUAUCGGUGCGGCUUUUGGUUGACGAAGAGUUCGACACAUCUUCCGUACGCCACACUAUCCACAUCGCCGAUUGCGUCCCUGGAGCUGUGGCAUUGGAGAACCUUCUCCGUGAUGCACAAUGCCCUGUUCGUGGAUACCUCUCUGUCUUGUCUCAGCAGCCAAUCGAGCCUGUUUCCUGGAACGUCCCUGCGACCCUCUCACCAAGCCCACGCUCCCGACCAACAAUAGUGGAUCAUGAAACUGUGUCUCGCUUCAUUUCGCUAUUUCUAUCCCUAGAUUUUGCGAAGCGCGUGGUCGCCGUUGUUGAAGCAGAAAUUGUGCCAUUUCUUUUCUGGAAGGACGCGCGUUUUUCAACCGACGACCCCUUUCCAUGGUGGUGGCAUGUGCACGUGUACCAGCCCCUGCGUGAAGUUUGGCAGCUUAUGAAGCAAACGAGAGAAGCAGAGUUGACGGGGAAAGAUUUUGCAGAAUCAUCAUGA